AUGCCUUCACGCAGCAAGCCUCAACCCUCAGCCACACACGGUCCACACCUCUCCUCAAUCAUCAAACUAGACCCAGAAGGCGAGCCCUUUUGCGCCGGAUUUGCCCCUUCCAAGGGCCGUCGCUGUUGUGUCCGGACAAACGCCCGCGGCCGAAAAGCCGCGCUGAGCCUCUUAGAUGAAGGAACUGCCGACUUCCACGCCGGACUAUGCAUUGACGAUAUCCUCGAAGACCUUGCUCCGCAUGUGCUGUGCACGCGGUGGCACCAGAACCAAGCAUCAAGCCUCGUUUCGACAUGGCAGGCGCGCAUUGAUCGAUACUUAUUCUCCGUCUCCGUUCCAAGAUCGCGUAGUCGAUCGCAGAACCGCUAUGAGGGGUGGACUGUGGCAGAAUGCCUUGCGGAGAUAGAGAGACUGACGGCCAAGAGGGCCGCCGAACUUGCGUCUCCUUCGCGAUCUUCUCCUCGUGCGGUUCCGAGAACAAGCCACCCAGCGCCUGUCCUGAGCUUUGGUGCUGGCAAUGGAACUAGUGCAAGCACCACGAGCCGUACUUUACAGGAGCAGUCUGCGACAAGUGUCUCACGGGCGGCGAGCAGAACGCCGGAACCGAGUAUCCCCGCAAAUCCCGAACCUGUUCGUCGGAUUAUGUCCACUUUGACCUCGACUGGCCCAGUAGCAACACCAGGCGCUACGAGUACCAUUUCGUCUCGUUCUUCAACUCAAGUUCUUCCUUCUCCACCUCGACCCUCUCCUGCUCCAGUUGCUCGUCCACGGGGAGUAGUCCGUCGACCUGUGCAAGGGGAAUGUAGCAUUUGUUUGGAUCCAUUGCGAAAAUCUAAUGCUCCGACUGUUGGCGAGACCUCGAAUGCACACGGCGAUGAAGCGAGUGAGGACAACAAUGAAACAGACAAUGAAGAGUCCGAAGGCGAUGAGCGAGAGAAGGAACAGGCAGAAACUGAUAUUUCUUGGUGCAAGUCUCAGUGCGGUGUCAACUACCACAAGAAGUGCAUUGAGAAGUGGUUGGCUGAGGCACAUCGUACAACGUGCCCAACUUGCCGGAGUAGCUGGAAGACUUAG